UGUAAAAAUAAAAGAUAACCUAGAUGUAAAUUCACGAGUUGACAUAAUAAAUAUUUUUCUUUUUUUAAUAAAAAUCGUUAAAUUUUCUGUUUACUUUUAUAAAUUGAAGUUGGGUAAAUAAUGAAAAUGGUUAAACUAAUGAGUAGUCCAUUAAAAGGUAUUUUAAACGCUCGCCGUGGGCAUUCCGCAGAAUCUAUAAUUUCCGAUUGGAGAUUUAAAUCCCAGCUGGCACCAUUAGAAAUGUCAAUAGCCCGCCGCGACUUGGAUAAAAAUACCAAACCAAAAGAAGCUAUGGAUAUCAUUCUCAAGGUGAAAACUCUGGAGAUAAACUCAAGUUUCGAUACUAUGAAGAUCGAUCGAGGCAUAAGUGAACACUGGAGCAACGUGUUGCGCUACCGCUGGCCUAUAGUCUUCCAGAGCGUCUUCUUGAUUAUAGUCAUCGCGAUUCUCGGCCUUCGAAUUGGACUGAGGGAUAACCAAGACCCAGGAAUUCAUUCAAAUUACAACAAAUUCUCUCUCUGGCCUCCCUUCAAUUCAAUCUCACCCUCAACAUUUAAGGCUUCGGACUAUAGCUACGGCGGUUGUAAUUAUGGAUUUUAUUGCGGUGGCAUGAAAACCACGGAUGGAGAACUAGUACGGAGGAAAGCAAGCUUUUUGAAGCGGAAGAGAAACCUCAAAGAGUUGAUCGACUAAUUAGACUUUAUUACAUUACAUAGAUUAUUAAAUUGUACGUUAAUUUUAUAUAUCGAAAUUA